GCCCGCGUGCGCCCUCCCGAUGACUGUGCUGGAGGUGGCCCGGGUGGCCCGCCCGCUGGGGGUGUCGGAGGGGGCGGGGGAAGAGGAGGAGGCGCUGUGAUGGCCCUAGACGGCGAGAGGGGGGAGCAGGAGGAGGAGAAGAAAAAGAAGAAGAAGAAAAAGAAGAGGAAGAAGAAGGAGGAGGAGGAGGAGGGGGCCGAGGAGAGCAGUUCACCCUCUGCUGCCACCACCAUGGGAGAAGACGACGCCGCCGCGCUCCGGGCCAGCGGCAGGGGGCUCUCGGACCCGUGGGCUGACUCGGUGGGAGCGCGGCCCCGCACCACGGAGCGCCACAUCGCGGUGCACAAGCGGCUCGUGCUGGCCUUCGCCGUGUCCAUCGUGGCGCUGCUGGCCGUCACCAUGCUGGCGGUCCUGCUCAGCCUCCGCUUCGACGAGUGUGGAGCGAGCGCGCCGGUGCCGGGCACCGACGGUGGCCCCGGGGGCUUUCCUGAGCGCGGCGGCAACGGCAGCCACCCUGGAUCCGCCCGGCGCAACCACCACGCGGCUGGCGAGUCCUCGCAGCGCGAGGCCGGCGAGGUGGACGCGCCGGGGACCCCGUCUGCCCAGCCGCCGUCGGAGGAAGAGCCCGAGCCGUGGCAGCCCUGGACGCAGCUGCGCCUAUCCGGCCGUCUCAAGCCCCUGCACUACAACUUGAUGCUCACCGCCUUCAUGGAGAACUUCACCUUCUCCGGGGAGGUCAACGUGGAGAUCGCGUGCCGGAACGCCACCCGCUACGUGGUGCUGCACGCCUCCCGGGUGGCGGUGGAGAAGGUGCAAGUGGCGGAGGACCGGGCGUCCGGGGCUGUUCCGGUGGCAGGCUUUUUCCUCUACCCGCAAACCCAGGUUUUGGUGGUGGUGCUGAACAGAACCCUAGACGCGCAGAGGAAUUACAAUCUGAAGAUUAUCUACAAUGCCCUGAUAGAGAACGAGCUUUUGGGCUUCUUCCGCAGCUCCUACGUGAUCCACGGGGAGAGAAGAUUCCUUGGUGUCACUCAGUUUUCACCUAUACACGCCAGGAAGGCGUUCCCAUGUUUUGAUGAGCCAAUCUACAAGGCCACUUUCAAAAUCAGCAUCAAACAUCAAGCAACCUAUCUGUCUCUAUCCAAUAUGCCAGUGGAAACAUCUGUGUUUGAGGAAGAUGGAUGGGUAACAGAUCACUUUUCACAGACCCCUCUCAUGUCCACAUAUUAUUUAGCCUGGGCGAUUUGCAACUUCACAUACAGAGAAACUACCACCAAGAGUGGGGUUGUAGUUCGAUUAUAUGCAAGACCCGACGCUAUCAGAAGAGGAUCCGGGGACUAUGCUCUCCACAUUACAAAGAGAUUAAUAGAAUUUUAUGAAGACUACUUUAAAGUGCCCUAUUCUUUGCCAAAACUAGAUCUUUUAGCUGUGCCUAAGCAUCCGUAUGCUGCUAUGGAGAACUGGGGACUAAGUAUUUUUGUGGAACAAAGAAUCCUGCUGGAUCCCAGUGUUUCAUCUAUUUCUUAUUUGCUGGAUGUCACCAUGGUCAUUGUUCAUGAAAUAUGUCACCAGUGGUUUGGUGACCUUGUGACUCCGGUAUGGUGGGAAGAUGUGUGGUUGAAGGAAGGGUUUGCUCACUACUUUGAAUUUGUGGGUACAGACUACCUCUACCCUGCCUGGAACAUGGAAAAGCAGAGAUUUCUGACAGAUGUUCUGCAUGAAGUGAUGCUACUUGACGGGUUGGCCAGUUCUCAUCCAGUGUCACAGGAAGUGCUCCGGGCAACAGAUAUUGACAGAGUGUUUGACUGGAUCGCAUAUAAAAAGGGUGCUGCUUUAAUUAGAAUGCUGGCUAAUUUUAUGGGCCAUUCGGUUUUUCAGAGGGGUUUGCAAGAUUAUUUAACCAUUCAUAAGUAUGGCAAUGCAGCCAGAAAUGAUCUCUGGAAUACAUUAUCAGAGGCAUUAAAAAGGAAUGGAAAGUACGUGAACAUACAAGAAGUCAUGGACCAGUGGACACUCCAGAUGGGAUAUCCUGUUAUCACCAUCCUGGGGAACACGACAGCAGAAAACAGAAUACUUAUCACCCAGCAGCAUUUCAUUUAUGAUGUUGGUGCUAAAACCAAAGCACUUCAACUUCAGAACAGCAGUUACCUGUGGCAGAUCCCACUAACCAUCGUGGUAGGAAAUAGAAGCCAUGUGUCUUCAGAAGCAAUUAUUUGGGUGUCUAACAAAUCAGAACAUCACAGAAUAGCAUAUUUAGAAAAAGGAAGCUGGAUCCUUGGAAACAUCAACCAAACUGGCUACUUUAGAGUCAACUAUGACCUAAGGAACUGGAGAUUAUUGAUCGAUCAAUUAAUCAGGAACCAUGAGGUACUUUCCGUCAGUAACCGUGCAGGCUUGAUUGAUGAUGCCUUCAGCCUGGCCAGGGCAGGCUAUUUGCCUCAGAAUAUUCCCCUAGAGAUCAUCAGAUACCUGUCUGAGGAAAAGGAUUUUCUUCCUUGGCAUGCUGCCAGCCGAGCUCUUUAUCCUCUGGAUAAAUUACUGGACCGCAUGGAGAACUACAAUGUCUUCAAUGAAUAUAUUUUAAAACAAGUUGCAACAACAUAUAUCAAGCUUGGAUGGCCAAAAAAUAACUUCAAUGGAUCUCUUGUUCAAGCAUCCUAUCAACAUGAGGAGCUGCGGAGAGAAGUGAUCAUGUUGGCUUGUAGCUUUGGGAACAAGCACUGCCACCAGCAGGCCUCAACACUUAUUUCAGACUGGAUUUCCAGCAACAGGAACAGAAUUCCACUGAACGUUAGAGACAUCGUUUACUGCACCGGGGUGUCUCUGCUGGACGAGGACGUCUGGGAGUUCAUCUGGAUGAAAUUCCACUCCACCACUGCCGUCUCUGAGAAAAAGAUAUUACUGGAGGCUCUCACCUGCAGCGAUGACAGGAAUUUAUUAAACAGGCUUCUAAAUCUGUCUCUGAAUUCUGAGGUGGUGUUGGAUCAAGAUGCAAUUGAUGUCAUAAUCCACGUAGCCAGAAAUCCACAUGGUCGAGACCUUGCCUGGAAGUUUUUCAGAGACAAAUGGAAAAUACUAAAUACCAGGUAUGGAGAAGCAUUAUUUAUGAAUUCCAAACUUAUCAGUGGAGUUACAGAAUUUCUAAAUACAGAAGGCGAACUUAAAGAGCUAAAGAACUUCAUGAAGACUUACGAUGGCGUGGCAUCUGCUUCUUUCUCACGAGCUGUGGAAACCGUGGAAGCCAAUGUGCGCUGGAAAAGGCUUUAUCAAGAUGAGCUUUUCCAGUGGCUGGGAAAAGCCAUGAGGCACUAAUAUGCAUCACUUAUAGAGGACUCAACCUAGAAUUCUGUGAGAGGAUGUGCUUUCUGUGCAGUGAGGAGGCUAGCCAGAGUUUCAGUGUUGAUUUUGUUUUUUUGUUUGUUUGUUUUGUUUUGUUUUGUCUAUCGGUGUGUGGGGAGUGUGGAUAUUUUUCUUUCUUCCAUUCACUCCACAUUUGUUUUUCUACUGGAUAUUUCUCUGUAAAGAACACUUGCAAGUGAUGCUUGCCCUGGUUACUUCAGCUGUACAUCCCCUGCUGUUCAGGACCAAACAUGAUAGUGGGUGCAUGUUCACGUUGCAGUCAGUUUGGAAAACCCCAUUCAGAAUAUUCUGUGCAUGGAUAUAUGGUCCCGCCUGUGUUCCAGCAUGCUUAUUUAACAUGUCCAAUGUUGUAUGUGAAUAUAUGUACAUCCAGAAUGGGCAUUAUGCGAAAGCACAAAGAUUACCUAUGACAAUCAGUGUUGCAAUGAAAGUAAAAAGUCUUCAGAAGGGAGUCUUAGUCUCAGCUACAGACAACAGGAGAGAUAAAAAGCACUCUCUAAUCAUUCUGCAGCAUUUGUUUCAGCACUUGGAUUGUCUGGAAAUGACUAUUGUGUUGCUAACUCAUUUUUUUUGAGUUAAAGCUGUGUAUACACUUGCAAAGAUGUACAGAUUGUAUGUACAUAUGCGUAUGUACAUAAGGAAGCACCAUAUGUGUAUAUAUAGUAUGUUGUACAUGCACCUGUGCAAAAUAUCUCUUCAGCUCAAAGGAAAUUUAACUCUUUUUAUAAACGUGUGAAUACUUGG